AUGAUACUUAUCUAAUUAAUUCUGAAAAUAGGUAUUUAUUUUUUUAAAUUUAUCUGUGCUAAAUUAGAGUUAUUUGAUUCUAAAACAUAGUACCAAAUUUGAAAUAUUAGUGCAAUUUGCUAAAGCAAAACCUACCAUUACCAAUUUUAUUAAGUCAUAUUGA